AUGAUUAAGUCUACACCGAAUUACAUUGAAGCUAUACGGAAAUUAAAUACCACGCAAACUGGUUUUAAAAUAUUACGAGAUCGGAUUCAGUCAAAAAAACUCCUCAAUGAAUCGGCUUUGAUUCAAAUGCGAAAUUGGGUUCAACGUCUAGGCUACUCGAUUAGUGAUCUUGACAGACUCAAUGUAGUCCAUGUUGCUGGUACUAAAGGAAAAGGCACUACUUGCGCUUACACAAACUCUAUCCUUCAACAACAUCGCCUUUCACUUGGGACUCCUCAAAAGAUUGGGCUUUAUACUUCACCCCAUUUAACAACUGUGCGCGAGAGAAUUCAGAUCAACUCAGAGCCAUUAUCGGAGGAGAAAUUCGCCAAGUACUUCUUUGAAGUCUGGGAUGCUCUUGAACUUGAAGAUCUCAACUCGGCUAUCAGACCAUCUUACUUUCGAUUCCUGACUCUUAUGUCAUUUCAUGUCUUCAUGCAAGAGGAUGUUACCACGGCCAUUUACGAGGUCGGCGUUGGAGGCGAACUAGAUUCAACUAAUAUUAUUGCCAGCCCUGCUGUUACUGGUAUUACUACACUCGGUAUCGAUCACGUUACUAUGCUUGGUGAUACAAUUGACAAGAUAGCAUGGCACAAAGCAGGGAUCUUCAAGAAAGGAUGUCCUGCGUUCACUGUACCUCAGGUAUCUGAUGCGAUGGAGGUCUUAAAGGAACGUGCAGCUGAAAAAGGAGCUUGUCUGAGUAUAGUUGAGGAAUAUCAGGCGGUCUAUGAGAUUGACAUUAAACCAGCAGAACCUUUCCAACGGACGAAUGUUUUUCUAGCUAUCAAAUUGGCAGAAACCGUUCUGAAAAAGCUUGGAGUUGUCACAAGUUUCAGGGGUAGUGAACUGUCUACCCUAUUUAUCCAAGGGCUUGAAGAUACUUUAUGCCGAGGGAGAUGCCAAGAACUAGUCAUGGGUCAUGAACAUUGGUAUCUUGAUGGUGCGCACACUCAAGAAAGUCUCGAAGCAGCCUGCUCUUGGUUUGGAAGAAUAUCGGGUAUCAGUCUUCCGCGCGUUCUUAUAUUUAAUCAACAAUCUUCGAGAGACGCCAUUUCGCUUCUCAAAACCGUCUAUAAUACUCUAGACAGAAGUUUCGGUCUCAAAUUCACAUGCGCCAUCUUCUGCACAAAUAGCAUGAAUAGACUGAAGCCGAGUAAUAUCGAAUUUAUGAAUCAAAACGUCGACCCAGAUGCGGUCCAGAAUUUAUCUUUGCAAAGAGAAUUAGCGCAAACCUGGAAAGAGCUGAACCCCGGAGAUGAAGUGAUCUGCUUGCCCUCGAUAGAAGCCGCUGUUGACCAUGCGAGAGCGAUUGCCAGAGAAAACCGCGAAUUGAAAGAGACCGAGAUAUUUGUCACAGGAAGUUUCCAUCUUGUCGGCGGUGUGCUGUCUAUAUUGCAAGAAGGCUAA